AUGCUCGUCUCCUCCUCCUCCACCGUCCUCGCUGCCACCGCCCUCGCUGCUGGUGCCGUGGUUGCCGCCAGCCCCCUCGCUGCCCGCGGCAACUUCUCUCCCCAGCGCAUCAUCGGCUACUACGAGUCGUGGUACUACUACGACAACAACAACCUUCCCUGGCAGUUCACCGCCAAGGCCACCGCCUCGUACACCCACAUCAACUACGCCUUUGCCACUGUCGCCUACCACACUCCCACCGACCAGUACUAUGUCGAUUUCACCGACACCUGGGCUGACUACGAGGACUGUGUCGACAGCACCUGCCCCAGCCAGUGCAUUGCCAUUCCUCCCUCGAAGCAGUGCAACAAGUCCGGCAACAUUGCCAUGGUUCCCUACAUCGGCUACAACACCUCUUGCCCCGCUACUUCGUGCUGGAACCCCUCUGAAGCCCCUGGCUCUCCUCGCAGCCCCCCUUGUGAGGCUGUCUUGACUGCCACCAACACCCAGUACGACUCCACCUCUAAGAACGCCUACAUCUGCGGCAACUACGCCUAUGUCCUCAACAAGGUCAAGCCCACCAUGCCCAACACCAAGUUCCUGAUCUCCGUUGGUGGUUGGUACGACUCCAACCUGUUCUCGGCUGCCACCGAGGACAAGUACAUCGAUGCCUUUGUUACCAGCGUUGUCAAAUACGUCCAGUUCUUUGGCUUUGACGGUGUCGAUUUCGACUGGGAGUACCCCGGAUGGGAACACGGCGGUGAGGCUGUUACCAGCACUGCCCCUGCUGCUGCUGGCAACGGCGAUACCACCUACGACUGCUCCAAGACCACCUGUGUCUACCCCAACCGCAACAAUGACAAGACCAAGUUCAACAACCUGCUCACCAAGGUCCGCGCCGCCUUUACCGCUGCCGGCAAGACUCCCUCUGGCAGCGACUACCUGAUCACCAUCGCCGCCCCCGCUGGUACCGACAAGAUGGACAAGCUCGAUAUGGCCACCAUUUGCUCUGCCGUCGACACCGUCAACAUCAUGACCUAUGAUAUCCACGGUGAAUGGGAGACCCUCACCAACCACCAGGCCGCCAUGUUCGAUGACACCCCUCCCACCAACCCUCCCAACCCCAUCGCUCCCACCUCGGUCGAAAUUGCCGUCAACACCUGGCUGACUGGCUGCCCUGCCAGCAAGGUCGUCGUUGGUGUUCCUUUCUACGGCCACAAGUGGGUCCAAGUCCCUGCCGGCAGCAACUUUGGUCUCUUCCAGAACGGCACCGCCCCCACUGAUGCCGCCGGUGGCAGCAUCAACUACAACGUGAUCAUGGCCGACACCACCCUGACUACCCACUGGGAUCCUGUUGCUCAGGCCAGCUGGGCUUACAGUUCGACUGAGUCGACCUUUUACUCGUACGAUACUCCCGAGGCUCUCAACAACAAGGCUGCCUACGUCGCCAACAACAACCUUGGUGGCUUCAUGCCUUGCACCCAGCGCCACCCCUUCGUCGACCACCGGUGCCCCCACCACUACCACUACCACUACCACUACCACUACUCCUUCCAAGACCACUACUACCACCACUCCCACCACCACCACCACUACUACUACCACCACUACUACUUCUCCCGUCAAGACCACCACCACCACCACCAAGACUUCCAAGUCUUCCACUACCAAGUCGCCUUCCAAGUCCUCCACCACCACCACCACCACUCCUGCCAAGACCACCACUACUACUACUUCGGCCUCGCCCUCUCCCACCGGCUCUCUCCCCAGCCCCGGUAG